AUGACCGAUCGACGACUGCGAUUGGUUGUGUUCGCAUUUGUCGCCUCUAUUCCUCUCUCUGUGCAAGUUUCAAAUCUUAAAGCAAGACUUAACCUAUCUGCUUUUAAAUUCUUCUCAAAAACUGCUCAUCAUGUGAUAGACGUGGAGGUGCCGAAGAUCGCUCUACCAGAUAUCACACUCGAUAUUCACGCUGGACCUGGGAAAGGCACAGUGUCUGCCUAUGACUUGAAAAUUACCAAGUUUCAGUCUCCAAAGUUAGUUAUACGAUAA